GCUUCAUCGCCUUCAGUUCCACACACUACUAUUCCGACGAUACCGGUUACCUCAGUCGCUUUAACCACGACAAGCUUCAAAUGCGAUUCACUUGAGGUCGCCAAGGAUGCAGCAAAAUUACCUGCGGAAAUUGAGGUCAAUGAGGUAGUGGUACCAGAUAUCCUGUCGCCGAUGGCUCUUGGCAAAGAGAUAACGGUGCGUUGGGUUCUCCUGAAUUCCUCAGUUUAUCUUUAG